AGUCAGCAUCGUGAGUCGACGGAAGUUGAACGGAAAAUGUCACACAUCGAACGUGUCGGUUUAUGAUUCUGCGUUCGGGUUGACAACGUCACGUCUACAAGUCGCUUAUGGGAAGUGCAUCGGGCGCAUCAGGAGUGCAGCAUUGCUGGCGCCUUUGACUAUUUGAUUCGACUGACACCAACAGACUGACCAGAGGUGGGAGUAAAGCACCGCUGAUGCCCGCACCGGAGCCAACACAAUGGAGCAGUGGGUCACGGCGGCCAGCGCAUUGUUGGCCUUCCUCUUGUACUAUAACACGCUCGACGCCGGAUUUGUUUAUGACGACAGACGGGCGAUCCUCUCCAACCCGGACGUCAUCGGGCAUACUCCAAUAAAGGCUUUAUUUGAAAACGAUUUCUGGGGAACACCGCUCACGGAUCCCGGCUCGCACGGCUCGUACCGCCCUUUGUGUGUGGCUUCGUACCGACUGAAUUAUGCCCUGAGUGGAUUCAAGCCAUGGAGUUAUCACUUUCUGAAUAUAUUGUUCCACUCGGUGGCGACAGCCCUGGUGGUAACGACAGCGCGCCGGCUGCUACCUGCUUACUGCACUCGAGUAGGUAGCGCAGUAGCCGGCCUAAGUUUCGCCGCUCAUCCGAUACACACAGAAGCUGUAGCCGGCGUAGUUGGGCGGGCGGAUUUAGCAGCGUGCAACUUUUUCCUAUUAAGUUUUUUACUUUAUUGUGAACAUUCGAGACUAAGGAAUGAGCAUCAAAGGAAGCCAUGCCGGCAUAUCAAUAAAGAUUUAACACAUCGACAACUGUCAAUUAAUGUACAAAUUUUAAGAUUCAGUUGCCAUGGAUUUUUCGAACAGAUAGCUACAAAUUUUCGAAAGCUUCUGAAAGCUAGUAAAAUUGGGACACCAGUGAUGAAAACGUGCGAUGUCGAUUCUGGUACUCUGAAGUUAAAAAAGUGUCAGUGUAACAGUGACGUAAGUGCGUAUUCGUAUGAACUCAUGCAGUGGUUCACGUUAGCGGGAACACUUUUGUUUGCGACUGCUGCCACGCUUUGCAAGGAGCCGGGGAUAAUGGUUGUACCACUUUGUAUCCUCUACGACCUUUUGAGAGAUACGCGUCACGAUGAGUCUUCAUUAAAGUAUCGAUGGCGAAGUAUUUUCGCCCUGGGAACUGGUGGUUUUAUACUUCUCUUCUGGAGAUUAAAAUUCAAAGGGAACCCAUCACCUUUCGCUACUGCGGAUAACCCUACAGCGCGGGACCCAUCUUUUUUUACCCGACUUUAUACUUUUGCGUACCUGCCAGUGUUUAAUUUUUUUCUCCUCUUAUAUCCAUUCCAUUUAAGUUUCGAUUGGUCAAUGGAUUCAAUACCAAGGAUAACCUCAAUCUCUGAUCCGAGAAAUAUAUCAACAGUGUUAUUUUACGUUGCCUUAUCGAAAGUGACAUGGCGAGCAUUUCUGAUGCAACUAAAAAUAUUUCACGACAAAAAGAUAAAAUUUUAUAAGAAGGCAGCAUUGAAAAUAAAAUCUAAAUGGAAUUAUAAUUGCAAGAAGCAAAUGAAACUUCUAGAAAUAGAAAGAAGAACUGUUAUAGCUAACAGUAUAGCAAGCAAACCAUCGAUGUGCCCAUGUAACGGAUGUAAACACUCCUUAACAAUGGAUCAUACUUCUGUUUGUCGAAUAAUUAAUAAUAAUAAUACACUGAUGCACAAUUCUAAUUGCAUAUGUGUGAAACCACAAGAAAAAGUAAAAGAAAAAGAAACAGUGAAAGUUCAAAUAGCUAAGAAGUACGUGUACAGCACACCACAAGCGUCUAUUAUUGUUUUUAUAGCAUUCAUGGUGCUACCGUUCGUGCCGGCUUGUAAUAUUCUAUUCUACGUGGGUUUUGUUGUUGCUGAGCGUGUGCUUUACAUUCCCAGUAUUGGAUUUUGUUUAUUACUCGGACUUGGGGCAGGUUCUUUGACAAGGAACUGGAAUAGGAAUGAAAUAAGAUGCCGAAUUUUUAUGUUUGCAUUGAUGAUUACUCUGCUGACGAUGUGCGGGUGUACGCUGCGCAGGAAUCUAGAUUGGCAUGAUGAAGAAAGUCUGUUCAGAAGCGCGUUGCAUAUAAAUCCCCCGAAAGCGUACGGGAACCUGGGCAGCGUACUCACCACACAAGGGAGGAUAGCGGAGGCGGAAGUUGCAUUCGGCCGGGCUCUCAAAUACAGGCCAAACAUGGCCGAUGUGCACUACAAUUUGGGAAUCCUUCUGGCAUACGUGAACCUUGGUACAUCACUUAUGGCGGAUGGCCGGCUAUCAGAGGCAGCGAGUGCCCUUCGUACGGGUGCUCGUGUGGAAGGUCUGAGGGUCAGGGAUAGAAGAGAGCAUGAUGCUGCUAGGGUAUCAGCUCUGGUGCAGUUGGCUACGCUACACUCCCAACGUGGACAUUUUCAUAAAGCUCUCUCGGCGUACAAAGAAGCUCUACAAAUUCUGCCAGAUACGAACGCACCUGUCGUUGGAUGGACAAGACAUAGUGUCUUGUCGAUGGCUGGCGACAUUUACAUACAACUACAACAAUGGCCACAAGCGGAGCAUAGCAUACUCUCCGCUUUGGCUGUCGCGCCGAAGGAUCUGGGCACACAUAUUACGCUAGCUCAGAUUCUAGCGAGAAAUACAAGUAGAGCUCUAGAAGCAGAAAUGUGGUUCAAAAGAGCAGUUACAUUAGCACCCGAUGAUCCCUCAGUAAGAGAUCAAUUUGGUAUGUUCUUGAGAUCACAAAGAAGGCUACGCGAGUCAGCGGAACAGUUGGUGCGCGCGGCGCAGCUGUCGCCGGCGGACGGUGCACGUGCGGCCGCCGCGGCACGUGCGCUGCGAGAUGCACGUCGCUGCCGCUCCGCCGAGCGCUGGUAUGCUCGUGCUGUUGAACUCAAUCCAGAGGACGCAGCAUACCAUUCUAAUUUGGGUGCGAUUCUGCACUUGAACGGUAAAUAUGCCGCCGCAGCCGCGUCCUAUCGCCGCGCUCUACAGUUGCAGCCCAACGACGAAAUAACAAUCACAAAUUUAAAAAGAGUUCGAACAUUAAUGAGUAAACAACGUAGAAAAUAAGAUAUAAUAUAGAUAGCACAGCGAUUUACCUAUUAUUAUCAAUGGAAUUAAAUAGGAUGUCAAUUGCCAAAUACAAGAAUGUAACAUGCGUAAGAUGUUGAUUUGUACCUGCUGCAGUCUUAAGGAAUGUAAUAUUUUAUAUUGUUCAUUUUAAAUAUAAUGCUAGUAAAUGUAAGAACAAAACAUGUUACAUUAAGAAAAUACAAGGCUAAAACAUUAAUUCAGUAUGUAAUCCUGAUACAUUUGUCUAUUCAAAAUAACAUGUUUAAACGAACACUAUACGAACUAAUCAUAAAUUAAACGGAUCCAAACCUGUCAAAGUUAAUAACACGUAUAACUAAUAUUAAAUUCUGUAUUAAUUACUACUUGUAUGAUAUUUAUGAGCACAAAAUGAGCUCAUGAGAACAGCCUCAUAAUAAUUUCAUUAGAUAAAUCUAUUUAUAGCCAGCGAUACGUUGGAAUUGAUUAUUUCGGAAUUGAUAUUUUGAACGAGAACACGUAAUGAAAAUAUUUUACACAAGAAUUUUAAUAUUAAAAUAAAACAUUGUCAGAGUCAGGAAAAUACUAUUUAGUGUUAAAAGCAGUCAUAUCAAAAAUCACGUGUUAAUACCAUAAUAUCCUUGUGAAAAUGUCUACAUUCUGCUAGACAUUACAUGAAAUAUUAGUGAUAAGUGUUACGGUAACUGUAUAUCAAUUUUAAAAUAAAUAAAUUUGUAAUUAAAAAAAAAAACUGUUUAUAUUAACAGGCACAAUCUUUUGUUUUUGCAGCAAUUGUUUUAAGCUACAUAUGUAUCUGACAAUCAUGGUCCUAAUUCUAGUCUACGUUCAAGGGUCUUCGAACAACGCUGUAGUAGUAGAUAGAUAUUUGUACUGUAAAUACUUUUUUAAAAAUAAAAUACAAUUUUAUACGCGUGCUAAUGUCGGUUACAAUAAGAAACCCAUCAUUUUGAAAAUUUUGGGUAUACUUAUUUUCAUCUACAUUUAUUUCGUCUUCCAUUAUAAUUUUAAAUGUCUAUUUUGCAAUCCAAUAAAUAAUAAUCGUUAAAGGCUAGUGUAUAUUUAAAAAUGUUUGUUCUCUUGUUUGUUAAAAUGCUAAACAACUUUAUUUAAUGUCGUAUAAAACACAGUUUCCUUCAAUAUCUCCUUUCUUUUGUUAUUUAAUAUUAAUUUAUUUACUAAUUUUUAAUGUAAUAUUUUAUAAAAAAAACGUGUACCACAGGAUGCGGAAUCCCCUGACUUAAGCAAACAACGGUAAGGGCUGCAGGGACAGGAUUCUUCCCAUGAUUAAUAUUUUUAAAAUGAAUUAACUACAUAACAUUUUAAUUAUUUUAAUUCCUAUGUAUACGGGCUUUUAAUUUGUAAUAAUAUUUUUUUUGUUUCAUUGUAAUUCUUCAAUAAAUGAUACUUCGAACAAUGAUAUUUGUUAUUUAAAUUUGAUAGUAACAUGUUUUAAUAAUUAAUUUGGUUUUGUACUAUCACUAA